UUCUGCCAGGUCCCAGAAUCAAGGAUUUCAGAACUGAUGGGAUGGCUCUGAGCUCUCGAGCGCACGCCUUCUCGGUGGAGGCCUUGAUGGGGAGACCCAGCAAAAGAAAAGCUCAAGACCCAAGAGAGGAGAUGCAGCCUGAGCUGCAGGAGGAGCAGUUCAUAGAGGAAGGGGAGGAGAUACUGAGCAGCCCUUCUGGGGACAGUGAGCAGCCGGAAAAACGACCCAAGGCAGAAUCUUCAAAAACUGUUUUCUCCUGCUCUGACAACGAGAGCAACAGCCUGGAAAGUCUGCUGGAGGAAAGCAUUAUCCAAGUGGAGCUUCAGGGAUCUGACCUAUGGAAGAGAUUCCACGACAUUGGCACUGAGAUGAUCAUUACCAAAGCGGGCAGACGUAUGUUUCCUUCUGUUCGGAUCAAGGUGAAAGGGAUGGACCCUGUGAAGCAGUACUAUGUGAUUUUGGACGUGGUACCGGUGGAUUCCAAACGCUAUAGGUAUGUGUAUCACAGUUCACAGUGGAUGGUAGCUGGAAAUACUGAUCAUUCAUGCAUCACUCCCAGAUUUUAUGUCCACCCGGACUCCCCUUGCUCAGGAGAAAACUGGAUGCGUCAAAUCAUCUCUUUUGAUCGAGUAAAACUCACCAACAAUGAGAUGGACGACAAGGGCCAUAUCAUUCUGCAGUCCAUGCAUAAGUACAAACCCCGUGUGCACGUGGUGGAGGAGGACAGCAGGAUUGACCUGUCCCUGAUUCAGUCCUUUCCUACUGAAGGAGUUAAAACAUUCUCCUUUAAAGAAACUGAAUUCACUACAGUGACAGCUUACCAAAACCAGCAGAUUACCAAACUGAAAAUAGACAGGAAUCCUUUUGCCAAAGGAUUUAGAGAUCCUGGGAGAAACCGGGGUGUACUGGAUGGAUUUUUAGAGACCUACCCCUGGAGGCCUUCUUUCACUAUGGAUUUUAAACCUUUUGUCCCAGACACACAAAAUGGAAGUAGUGGUUCAUCUCCAGUGACAUCUAGUGGAGGAGCUCCCUCUCCUUUGAACUCCUUACUUUCUCCAUCUUGUUCUCCACCUACGGUUUACAUACCACCAAGCUCCAUUGGGAUGACCCAUCCAGAGACGUACCUGCACAAUGUCAACGUGCCCUUCUGCUACAGAAUUUGUCCAACUAAUUAUUGGCGACCACAACCUUUUGUCUUACCUACUCCUGAAAGACUACCAAGCUUCAACAGCUCUCAGUCCUUUCCCCCACUCAUGAUGGAAGUCCCCCUGGUAUCCUCCAGGGGCUUCAUCAAUUCAAACAGUGGCUUACAUGAAGACUGCAAUGGCCAUUGUCUACAAGCAUCUCAUUCUACCAGUCAAAUGUUAUAUGGAUUACAGAAUCCUGGAAACAUUUUCCAUCCAAACCCCAUUGCCCAAGAAGCAAUCUGUUGUCCUUUUCAUCCUCCCAAUGGCUGUUAUAGGUACAAUGUUUCCAUGCCACCUAGAUUGGAAAAUGUUGCCAAUCACCUCAGUGAAAAUGGUACCAAUCAAAUUUCUUUUACUGGAGGCAGCUGUGAUCAUUCCCAUUGGUAUCCAGCAAUCAACCAUUACUUUUAAUAUGACAACAUCCACAUUUUAAGACGUUCACAUGUAAGCAUCUAUUUUCUUUAUUUUUAACAUACAUAAAAAACAUUUCUUAAAAACUUCCUUACCAAAAAGCAUUGCUUUGUUUUGCUUUUAAAGUAACUUAACAAAUGUUUGCAAGAAUUUCUAUAUAAUGUCAUCUGUGACCUGUAAUAAUAUGACAUUAUAAUAACCUUGGUCUUCAAGUAAGUUACUUAAUAAAUACUAUUUGAUAAGAUGUGCCAUCAGUGAUAAUUAAUGCCAGAAGAUUAAGUCUCCAAUUAUAACAUUAUUAAUUCACUAUAAUCUGUACAUUACACAAUUAACUAAGGCCAAAAAAAGAGAUGGGUAUAAUUCAUAUAAAAAGAAUAAAAGUAUUUCAGCCUUAUCUAUGAACAUUGGCUACACUAUAAACAGCUAUCAAGCAAUUAUGGGAAUUCAAAAUUCAAUCAUUUUGUCCAUUUAUAUUUUGCCAAUAGAAGAAAUAGUAAUUACAAUUUUAAGGUGUAAAUAGUUUUCAAAUAUUGUUUUCCAUUAACCUGUGUACCUUGAAUAAUAUUUAAUACUGAAGGGAUGUAAAAUUCACUUGAAAACUAUCUGAUAGCUUAUAUGUAAUUACUUCAUUAAGUGACAAGAAGUUAUUUAACUGAAAAUUAAAUAACAUCUCUGAGUUUUUUAAUUACUAUACUAGAGAAGAUAUUAAUUUUAUAGUUGUUCCACUAUGUGUAUAUAUAUAUAUCAAUGCUUUAGAUAUCAGAUAAUUUUGUUAUGUGUUACAGUUUUAAAUCUAAGCAUAUAUAAUUAAACUAGCAAUAGUAAUUAAUAAAAAGAGGCAACAUUUUAAAUGCUACAAGUUUGGCAUUUAUCUUAUUUUACUUUGUAAAUAGUUCGUAAAUCAUCCUUUGGCACUUUUAAUUAUAUUAAACAAGGGAAACCUUCAUACAAAAUUAGACUUUGAAGAAACCUAAAUCAAGUAGCCUAUUUUCCUUAAACUAGGCUGUCAAAUUGGCCAAGGUUUCCACCUGUUUGGCAUAUAUAUAUAUGGCAUAUAUAUAUAUAUAUAUGGCAUAUAUAUAUAUAUGGCAUAUAUAUAUAAAUAUAUAUAUAUACAUAUAUAUAUAUAUGGUUUUGAACCUGUCCUGGUAUCUGAUUUCCUCAAAAUAAACCUAGAGAAAUAAACCUUGUGUCAAUUUAAUAAAAUUUGCACACUGAGUCAGGAAAUAAGCGAACGAUAUUUUAUCCUUGCAGAGCUCUCAAUCAAGCUUAGACCUGUAGUCAGAUUCCCUGGUCAGGAAGGUAUUUUGUGGAACAGUCAGUCAAGCUGAAAUCAAUGACAAAAGUUGAACUUAGUUGAAGGUCUAAGUAGACAGAUUGUUUUAUUACAUUGUUCAUUACACUUUAAACAUUAAUAUAAGACUUUAUGUAACAGAAUUUAGAACAUUCAGUGUAUGGUGCCUAAACUAUAUGGAUAUUAUAUUUUGGAAGACCAAAGUAUAACUUUAUAACGUUUUAUAUUACAUACUUUUAGAAUCUUAAAAUUAACUAAUGUCAUUGCUUCUAUUUAGUGUGUUUUGAAAAUGAAGAGGCUUCUUCAAAACUCCCCAGCUGUAAAGAGAUGGAUGGUUCACACUGGCAUAAGUUCUCCAUAUGGUCUGAAGAUGGACAUGAAUUCAUAUUUUUGUGAGGUUGAAGUGUGUUUGUGGCAGGAAAAGGAGUGAAUUCUUAGUGAAAGCAAUUGGUGACUCAAUGGAUAAUCAGUCUUUGAACUAACAAUAUCUUAUGUGCUGACCACACGACACAGGUGUCAGCAACGCAUAAAGACAAGCAUCUGCACUGGACAUUAUGAAAGAUUCUUCUUAAAUUCUCCUAAUCAUUUCUAUUUCGCACCUUGGGGAAAUCAUGGCACAGAAAGCAAAUAAAUACAAAUGUAGCUUUUAAAAAUUGUCGAUGUGCCAGUCAGUUUUCUGGCUGAGCCAGAAUGUAUCUGAAAUAAAUGUGUUGUAUAAAAACUAAAAUAUAUUUUGCAAAAAUUUAUAUGUAUGCUAACAACAAAUUUAGUAUGUUUGAUAUUACAAAAAUGUAUAUAUUUAUAUAUACCAUGUAUAAAGUAAAACAUUUUGCAUUAUUGUCUCCUAAUUUAAUAUCACUAACAAGUUUUAACGUAUGUAUAUGGUUUUAUAAAUUAAAGAUGUCGCUCUAAUUGUGUAUAAAUACAUAAUGUGUGUGUGUGAUCUCCAAUGGGAUAUUUACUUUUCUUUAAAAAUGAUUUACAGUGUGAUUUUUAUCCCACUCCUAAAGAGAGAUGCUGUACAGAGAAUUUAUUCAGUAGACACUAUCAAUUAUGUAUACUUAUGUGGAGAGGCAUAUUUAAAUAUAUUUAGAAAUGUCUAAUUGCAUAUGCUAUACUUUGAGAAUUGAAUUGACAUGGUAGAAGUACAAUGCUUUAUAAUCCAAUUUAAAGAUACGUUGUUGCUUUUCUGCUAAUAAAUAUUAAACCAGUCAAAAUAACAACAAUAUUCGAGUAUAUAACAACAGUUUACCAGUUGAUUCCACUGGAAUUUAGCAUGCCUAUUGGAGGAGUUAGAAACAAACCCAAUAGCUUGGUCACUGGUGGUAGUUGCUUUGAUAUAACUAACUUGGUAUACGUUUAAUCUUCUUAGAUUUGAUCUGCAAUUUUAUACUAUUUUGUAUUAAAACUGUAUAAAUAAAUAUGGUUUGGACGGCAACAUAAAAGAGAAUGAAGAGAUAACAUAGAACAUUUGAAACAUACUCCAUAGGUAAAACUAUUUACACAAGUGGGGACUGGCCAAAUUCAACAUGUUGUUUCAAUAAAAAAUUGAGUAAAAAGAUGAGUAUCAUUUCCUCUCAAAGUUUCAAAUGUUCAUGUUUACAAAUUUGUCCUGCACAUUAAUAUGUAAACAUACAUUAUGGUGAGCAGAUGUACAGGAAAAUGUUAUCGUAUCUUUGUAUUUAGUUGAAAUGUAUAUAUAUAUAUAUAUUUAUUGGAUCACUUUUGACUGCUUAAAAGAGUUACAACAGUUAAAGUUAAAUAUGAUAGAAAAUUCUGAGAGUAUAAUACAAUGCAUUGUAGCAAUUAAACACUUCAGUCAAAUAUUAUAUUAUUAUUAACACGAAAGAAUUAUGACUUUGAUUUAAUAUCACAUUCUUAUGAACUUGAUUAUAUAAUGUAAUAUUUUAGCUACAAAACCUGUAAUUAACAAUUUAAUGUCUUACUAAUAUGAAAAGGAAUAAAAUCAUGAUCUUAAGUUAG